AUGAGCAUAAAGAGAGCAGGAAUGCUGGUUCUCUGUUCCUUGAUUUUGAACCAAGCAAUGUACUUUGACCUAGGGGAACAGGAGGAAAGGUGUAUAAUUGAGGAGAUACCAGAGGACACUUUGGUGACCGGCUAUUUCCUACUGGAGUACUGGGAUGAAAAAAAGCAAGACAACUCUCCACAUCUUGGUUUAACGGUCACUGUGAGAGGUCCAGACCAUGAGGUUCUAUUAAUGAAAAGAUAUGGCAAACAUGGAAAAUUCACUUUUACCUCGCAUGCCUCUGGUUCACAUUUCUUGUGUGUGCAGUCAAAUUCCACCAGGUUCUCUGUUUUUGCAGGUGAAAGACUGCGGGUCCAUUUUGAUGUUCAGAUGGGACAGCAUACAACUGAUCCCACUGCAAUCAAGGCCAAAGACACCGUCAAAUUUAUGGAAAACAGUCUGGAGCAUCUAACUGACCAGAUCCGCUACAUAAGUAGGCAACAAGACUUCCAAAGGGAACGUGAGGAACGAUUUCGCCAAAUGAGUGAGGAAACCAAUGGAAACGUCCUGUUUUGGGCACUUAUACAGACCUGUAUACUGCUCACAGUUGGAUUCUGGCAAAUGAAAAAAAUGAAAGAUUUUCUUAUUGAAAAGAAGUUGGUGUAA